AUGACCCUUGGCAUGAUGACGAAGGACACGGCCAACUCCCGCCCCACCAUUUCCGACGGCAAGUGGCAACGUCAAAUCUGGCAGCCUGGUGAUGGAAACGGUGAUCCGAACGUAGACAUCUUGGAGACUGCACAAGGGCAAAACAACAGGAAGGGUCACCCGACCUGGAAGAUAUUCAACGGCACUAUCGGGCACAUUAAGCGAGGCAUCAAAGAGCCCCCAGUUCGCUGCUACCUUGACGACAAGGCGGCCUACGACAUCAGCAGGUCUAAAGUGUACACCAACGUAGAGAAGCACCGCUACUGGCCUUUCGACUUCUCUGUAAACGGUCUUAUAAAGCCUGGCCGGAAGAAUCGCGGCCGUCCUGCAUACGAGCCUGGCAGUCAGAACAUCAUCGCCUCGGUCGCAAAGGCUAAAGGGAAUAGCCCAUACUACUUCUACGGCGCUGCAGGCCCGCCAAACGCAGAGUCAUCCCAACAGAGCCCAACACCGGCCCCGUUCGGUACAGCGAUGGGAGCACAAGACCCGCCAGCAUCCCCCUCUGUGUCUCCGAAGCGGGAAACGUCCCCAGUCAUGCCAUCAGUCGAGGCUGAUUCCCCCGAGGCACGAACAUCGCCCGACUUGCAGACAGAGCAGAGCCCAGAGAAAGAAGGUCCAAGAACUUCUUAUGCGACCUCAGCUCGUGCCAUGAUUGGCGAGCCCAAAUCUCGACUCAACUUCGGAAACUUCAUGGGAGCAGCCAAGCCGUCGAAGCGUUCCUCCACUGUACCUCGUCAAGUCGACAGGGAGUCUGUUCAGGUGUCAGCGGUCUCCUCUCCCGGCGGCAUCAUGCCAGAGAACCUCCCUGCGUUGCCGGGCGGUCCCAGACUGAGAGCUCCUAUCGUGGCACCAAGUUACGCCGUUGAUCUCUCCGAUACAGAACAUGCGAGGCGUACCAAGCGUCCCCGCGUGCCAUCCUUUCCACGAACAACGAAGCGUCCGCGCAAGGAUAUCCAACCAAGCCGCUCCCCGUCCGCUAUUCCAGGCACCACACCGCAGCCAAGGGGCUCUACGACACCGCAGCGAGAGCCCAUCAAGGCCACCUUCAACUCACUGAAGAACCACAUCGAUCGGCUUCAAGAAGAGUUGGACGACAACAAGAUCCAAUGCGACACACGCAUGGACGAAUUCAGCCAGAUCUAUCGUCAGCUUGAGCGCCUUGAGGAGGCACAGAAGAACGAUCAAAUUCAGCUCGCGGCCGUGCGGAAGGACCUUCUUGCAGUCGAGCACGAACGCAACGAUCUGCUGCUCGAGCGCGCCCGCGACAAAGGUCGUCUCAAGUUCAACACGGAGGAGAUUGAGAGGCUCAAGCAGGACAACGAGGCUCUUGAGGCGUCGGAGGCAGCGCUUCGUAGCAGGAUCAGGAAGGGCAGCAAGGCCUCUCCGUUCGAGAAUCUGGAGCCCAAACAACACCUCACCACAUACCGGGAGGUCGCUACGACUCUCCACGCCUCCCUGGCCAAUGCUAAAUCGGGCCUGGCUGACCGACACACGGCGCUGAACGCCUUGAAGAAGGCGAUCGAGGGGGUAGGUGUAGGCGUUGAGGGGGAGAUGAGAGAGGGCCAGCGCAUGCAGAAGGAAGUGCGUAGAGCGCUUGGCAAGGCUCAGGAAGCUAUUGAUGAUGCCGGCAUGGCGGCGGAGUGGAAGGGUAGGGUGGGUAAGGCGACGAAGCAUUGA